ACGUCGCAUACGCAUGAAGACAGAAAGGAAAGCGCAGGGCAACAAUCGCCGUGCCUUCGGAUUGGAUGACUCCUUUUGUUAUUUUUUUUCUUUUUAAUGGCGAUAUUUACAUGGUAGCGCUGAAAAGAAAAGGGAAGAUGGCUGCCCUGUGGAACUUUAUUUGAUACGCUCGUAAUGGUACAAAGGGAAAAGUUUUUGUUCCAGCUCUUUUAGAAAUCAAGCUGCAGUCAAAAAGACUGUCUCCUGUACUGAGGUGCUAGAAGUUGUAUAUAAUACAGAAACGCUUUUUAUGUUUCCUACAAUUAGGUCUUGUGCACGUGGGACUUCCACCCCUGCCGAUAAUUACAUGUUGGCGAGACGAAGGACACUGCAGGUGGUAGUUAGUUCCCUGCUCACAGAGGCUGGAUUUGAAAGUGCAGAGAAAGCAGCUGUAGAAAGUUUAACUGAAAUGCUACAGAGCUAUCUGUCAGAGAUUGGACGAAGUGCCAAGUCAUACUGUGAACACACUGCACGGACACAGCCCACGCUGCCAGACAUUGUAGUUACUCUGAUAGAAAUGGGGUUUAAUGUAGAAAGUUUGCCUGCCUAUGCCAAGCGGUCCCAGAGGAUGGUGAUAACAGCACCACCUGUGACAAACAAUCCUGUGGUUCCUAAAGCUCUGAGUGCAGGACAGAACAAGCAACACCCUGCUCAUAUUCCAAGCCAUUUUCCCGAGUUUCCAGAUCCCCAUACAUACAUUAAGACACCGACUUAUCGUGAACCAGUAUGUGAUUACCAAGUCUUGCGUGAGAAGGCAGCAUCACAGCGUAGAGAUGUGGAAAGGGCCCUCACCCGAUUUAUGGCUAAAACAGGCGAGACACAGAGUUUGUUCAAAGAUGACACAAGCACCUUUCCGUUGAUUGCAGCACGUCCACUCUCAAUACCUUAUCUGAAUGCCCUCCUCCCAUCAGAACUAGAAUUGCAGCAAGUAGAGGAGACUGAUUCCUCAGAGCAAGAUGAUCAGACUGACGCAGAGAACCUGUCUAUGCAUCUGCAAGGGGACGAGGUGGGCAUGGAGAAAGAAAAUUCAUCUGUUUUACAGCAGAAUUCAAUGAAGGGUGGAGAGGAAACACUUAUAGAUAAUCCCUAUCUACGACCUGUGAAAAAACCUAAGCUGAGGCGUAAGAAAUAGAGUAGCCAACCCUGAGAUUCUGAAUGAAAAACUACAGAAUAUUUAACUGGACAUUAGUGACUCCAUUUACCAGAGCUUGAAAAGGAUGUUGAUAUUGAAAUUUUAUUAAAGUUGGCUGCUCUGUAUUGUUGAUUACAGGAAAAGUUAAGAGUCCAUAUGGGCAACUUUAAUUUGAGUCUUGACAUGCAAUGUUUGAACCUUAUAAGGAUCCUUGAAUAGGGAUAUAUAUCUUUCAUUUCAUACCCUGAUAUAAUAUAUAUCUUUUCAUUUAAUACCCUGAUUUGAGGACACAGAUACUGUCCCUCAUGAGGUGUUUCAUAAUAAAAGAUUUUUGAAAAUA